GUCAGACGCGCUCAAACGCUCGCAAUCGUGCAGAUUCAGGACGCUCUCGAUGAUGAAGAAGCGGUGCUUAAAGAAGCUGGUCGGUUGUCGACGAGGCGGGCCCUCGGAAACUCGCGACCGACAGGGAUGAAAGGAACGUGUGAAGUACACGUGCCUCGAGCGGGACACGGGUGCCUCGUUUGGAGAUUCAGCACCGCAGUCACGUGGGGAAGUAAGCGACCAAGAGAUGACGAUGGAACACAAACAAACGAUCCUGCUGGCACCAUCGCUGAGCAACAGCAGCUGUUGGCGCAGCGGCACGUCCGAAGCCGCAUGGACAGGUCCAGGCCCUGGAGAACUGGUACGAGCUACUCUGAUUCUGCUGCUCAGCGUUGGUAUCUUGUGCGCCAAUCUUCUAGUGAUAUGCGUUAUCAAUAGCAGACAGUACAGCAAAUACAUACAUGCUCAACCCAGAUAUCUGCUGACGAGCUUGGCGAGUAACGACUUGGCGAUUGGUCUUCUGGUGACACCUUUCGGUUUCUUACCAGCUGUAUAUGGAUGCUGGCCGUACGGCGAAGUCGUCUGUCAAAUUCAGGCACUUCUUAGGGGCGCUUUGACUCAACAGAGCGCUGUUAUCCUCGUCUGCAUGGCAAUCGACCGUUAUGUUUGCAUGCUGCACCCUCAUCGCUAUCACAAGCACUCUUCUAAAAGGUAUUACAUGCGGCAGGGCUGUGUGGCAGUGAUGUCGACUACCUGGAUAGCGAGCGUGGCAAUUUUCGGGGUCCUGGUGCUUCCCAGAGGCGGUUACUACUUCAAUGGAUCCGGCCUCCUUGCUUGCGAUCCCUUCUUCGCUAGGGCAUCCCUUAGGAUCCUGGCGUGCUGUUGUUUUUAUUUCCCGACGACGAUGGUGCUGAUGUACUGCUACGGCUCGGCCUUCCAUGUUAACAAACUGCGCUUGAAAAGGGUAGUCUGCGUUAACACGCCGGAGGUCGUUAGCGGCGGUCACAUAGAAAGGCUUGUCGCCCACGAGAGACGAUUGUCGACUUCGGCCUCACGAACAAUGGCUGCAAUGAGUUUGGGUUUCAUCGUCAUGGUCACACCGUGGACGAUCCAGGAAGUCGUUGCAGCCUGCACCGGAAGCAAGCCACCGCCGUUCCUCGACUUCCUGGCUACGUGGCUAGCUCUCUCCAACAGCUUUUGGAAUCCCUUCCUUUACUGGCUGCUCAACAAUCAUUUCCGCCGAAUUUCGCGGGAACUCCUUUACACAAAGAUUCUCUGCAGGUCUAAGCCGUUAGGAGCGAAGCAACACUGCUGCGCGACCAGCACUGGUGGCUUGGAUGUUUGCAGCAUCGCCGGUGUCGAUUUAUCAGGCUUGGAGCGUUGCUCAAUGGAACGAUGCUCGAUGGCGCGUUGUUCCUCGUUAUCAUUAACAAAUACGCCUCCGCCGCUCCCUUGGGAGACCGGACACGUGACACACGGUGAUGCAGCGUCUACGUGAGCCAAAGAUGCCGCCACGCAGACGGAGGAUUUCGGAUCUCCGGACGACGCCAGUUAGUACAGCGUGGCGGCAUGCCGGCACCUAAUGCUCCUAUAUAACCGAGCACACCAUCCGUCGUCGUUGUCGUCGUUGUCGUCUAUACGCCGACAUCCGCGAUACGACGUCGCACCCUCGCUGGCACGAGGGCAAGUCUCGCACGUCGAGGAGGAGGUGGCGGACGGCGUCGCGACGCUCGGGUCGGAUCGUCGACGCGGUCAACGGCGUCGCUUCGGGUAUACACGCUUCAAGAGCCUGCCGGAUCUCGUUCGAGACCUGGAACCGCCAUGAAACAGCGCUGAUCGUCAGCAGCUCGUCGAGUCAGGGUAUCACACCGCCACUCGACACUCUGUGAUUCGCUUGAUAAGAUCUCAGACAGCAUCCCCUAAUCGCGAAUUCCAUGCUCCGGGGGAGCGUAAGGGUGCGCGAGCUGCGGCCGUGUGUCGACACACACCGCGAUUAGUGUGUCGUCGUGACUAGAUCGAUUACGGAAAUUAAUUACGGUACCAACGGGGAUACCAAUUGCGCCGUACCAUCGACGAUGUACACGGAGAUGUUUAAUCACGGCUCGGCGCAAUACGAGUGUUAACGUCAUUCGCACCCGCAUCUUUCGACGUUUCCCUUCCCCCUCCUCCUUCCCCCUCAGUGACGCGAUUGAUUAUUAACAGGUGAGUGAUCGCACUCUCUGCAAGAGACGCACUCGAGCACAAAAUCGCUUCUUUCAUGAGUACGUAAUUCUUCCGCGUACCUUUCCUUACGAGUUGUCUUCAGACAUAAGCGCAGCGAAAAACGCAAAAGACAUGAAUAUUUGCCAGUACAGAUAGUUACUACGCAGAAAUCGCUUUAAAUUUAUUUCUUCUUGUUUGACGAAUUCCUCGAUCAAUUUGGAGUGGGACCUUUUUUAAGAACAUUUCAAUCAGACGUUAUAGAGUAAUUCAACUGAAGCGAAAUUGCUCGGAUUCGCGAUACAUUCAUGUGUUAUAAAGGACGCAAAAUCGCGUGUCGAGUCAAAUGAUACCUCGUGAAGAAAUGAGGUAUAUUUUAACGUGCAAUCGUUUGCUCAAACCUAAGAACUCACUGGCGUGAGGCCAAUGCACAAUCUCUUAUAUCCACGUCAUAAACAUCGUUGUUACACAUACUUCACCAAAAACGGUCGCCGCACAAAGAGUGCAAAUAUCCGAUAUCAUCCUUUUAAUAUUGCAGAAUUUUAUACUACGACUAAAAUCAACAAAGAUAGAACGCAUGUUAGAAUAGCAACAUAUUUUUUCUGCAUCUCCAGGAAGACAGUUUACUCAUCCUUCAGAAUCUGGAAUCGUUAUAAAGAAAUAAGUUAAUGAUUUCCCAAAAGAAAUUUAUUUGAACGAUGAUAGGACAAAGUAAUCUCAUUAUUUUUUUUGGCAUAAUGCAGAUUGAAUAAUGCAGAAACGAUCUCGCAAAUUUAAUUUAUGUCUUGAACUGUAAUAUACUGACUUUUUACAUGUCAAAAAUAGCAAUAUGCGAAUUUUUAUUUGGCUUAUCGUGAAAAUUGCAAAUGUAGAGAAAAUCGAGAGAUUUUUAAAUACCGACGUAGAUAGGAAACUGUAAAGCUAAAUGAUAUUGAACAUAAUCGGAGGAUUCGUCAGAGUAUUCGAGAAAUAGUAAUGGCAUCUCUGCUUUAAACGAGAAACACGGAAUCGAUGCCGUGCAUGCUUUAGCGCGUUAUAUGUUGGUGAAAUAGAAUCUUCUUGUACAUAAGAAGAAAUUACCGAUGUGUAGGCUUCUCUGUUCAGAGAGAAAGAAGAUGUCGAACCGAUGGAACUGCUAACGAGAUCGACAACAUCAUUUCAUAUGCAUCGUUCUCGUGAAUAAAAUCCGACAUCUCUUGAGACUUUAAUACGCGUGAAAUAAUUAUACUUUGAACCUAUAAUUAAUAUUACCGUGCAUUCUCUCUCUCUGAUGCGCGGGAUAAUUUAUACCUGUGUAGGAAGUACACUUUAUAUCGCUCAUCGUAAUGAUAAAAAAUAUUCUAUUUUAAAAUUGUAAUUAUCUUUCUUUUUAUAUUUUUAGUCUUUUUCUUUAAUAAUUUAUCCCGUUAUAUCUUUUUCCUCUAUAAUUACUUAAAAAUUAUGCAUUUACAUCUUAAUACCUCAUGAUUCCAUUACUUAUAAUACAUUGCGUUUACAAAUAAAUUCAAUUAAUACGUUUCGUGAUAUUAGAUCGAUUGUGAUAUUAGAUUAUUAUUAUAACUUAUAGAUAUUGCAAUACUACGAGCGAGUUUAACUUUUUUUAUAUAUCCCCUAAUGAUACAUAAAGCCUUGUAGGAUAACAUUUGAAUAGACUUUGUACGAUAAUUCUGAUUAGUUAUAGAAGCGUAUAUAUAAAUCACGAUAAGUAUAAUAGUAAAUAAAAUUGUCAAGAAAACUUGUAUCAGAAGACAUUUGGCGAUGCAUUUUUCGAUGCACAAUUCACACGCCUUUGUGAAGGUGAAUUAAUGUAUUGUUAAGACUCUACGUGCUCUUUGCAUAUUUUUAAAUACUUGUAUAUUUUGAAGAACGAUAGAAUCAACUGUCACUUUAUUUGCUUAAAUUAACAUACAGACGACUGGUGAAUCAUUAUUUGUUUUCAGGCUGCUGAUAUUGAAGCAAACUUUCAGAUGAAAACGGCACUUUUUGAAGUAUUUGCUUCAAGAGUCUUAUCCUACUUCUCUCAGGAUCUUAGCGAGAGGUGGCUUAUCGAAAGUACCUCUUCCUAUGUAUUUACUUACGUGAGAAAAAAAUUAUUGCUCGUAAUUGCGUACAUUAAAAACGCAUCGGACAAUGCAACUGACUAAAAACACGCGAUAGCACGUGCUGUUCUUUGAAUGCGUGAAGAACAAAAAGUACACUAUCUCUAAAAAUGAAUAAGAGAUAACAAGAACAUAGUGCAGAGUAUCCAAGUAACUUUAACUCCAAGUAAAAAGAUAUCUACUUGUAUCUAAAAAAUUGCGGUUCAAGGGAAACUCAAGUUUACUCCUAAGUACUUUCGCGAUUGAUAGUAUCCCUAGAGGACACGCUCCCUUGUUCACGCUUUUGUAGCUCUUGCUGGCUUCCACUUUGCGUUACGCGUACGAAAUGCUGAUGCAGAAAACUCGAAAGUCCCGAACCAAA